AUGACGCUCGAGGAAGCGCGAGAUGCAUGCCUGUACCACGAGGCGCGACUCUUACAGUCGGCGGGACACCCGGAGGUGGCGAAUAAGAAGACACCUGCACAGGCACCCAACUACGAUGGGGGCCAGAACAGGCGUCGGCCUACUGAAACUGAAGGUGAGAUCGCGGGCAACACUGUUGCGGCUACCAGAGGUGCAGAAGCGGGAAGAGCGUCUGCGAAGCCACGUUGCGAUUACUGCUCGACGAUGAAGCUGAGGGGUGCUGAGAAGCAUGAUGAUGCAAGCUGUUGGAAGAACCCAGCUAAUGCUCACCUUGUGCCGGAGUGGUACCGUCAGCGACGGGCCAUUAAGGUCACCGGCCAAGGCGAGAAGCCCCUGAAGGAGCAAGCGGCUGGGGGACCGAGGGCUUCUCCAACCGAGGCGGCCUUCAUGGUCACGGCCGCCAACAGCACCACAUGUGGAACUAACCUACGGGUCAUCGAGGCCUCGGUUGAAGGUUCGCCGGGGACGGCCCGUCGACUCGAGCUACUGAUCGACACCGGGUCGGAUGUAACCUUGUUGUCCUCCCGCCUUGCUGAGGCAUUGGGGGUCGAGGUAUAUCCCCUGGUGGGAUCAAGGGCGCUACGGUCCGCUGGGUCUUGCGGAACUAUAAAUGUCCUGGGACAUGCCUCAGUGCGGUUAACGGUGGAAGACGUUCACGGAGUUCGCCACGCCUUCUCGCUGUCGGUAGAGGUGGCCGAAGGCCUUAAUGAAGGCCUCUCUUACAACACAAUCUUACUUGGUAUGAAAACCAUGCGCAAGAUGGGUGGACGACUGGAUAUGG